CUCGCCGGUUGGUGACAGCCCUCCCCAGAUCCCCAAGUCCGCUCGACCUACAACUACGCCCCCUUCGCCGCCAGCUCUCCAUGUCGAGCCCCUUACAAACACAGUCCGGGCAAGGACAGCAACUAUGGGCGAACGCCCCGUUCACUCUCAUCACAGACACCGGCAUCGACGCUCGCCCAGAGGUCCCUCGAGACCACUAUGCCUACGAGCUGGCUCGCAACAUGGCACACAUCCACAAUCUACUCCUCCGCGCCCUCAACGCCUCCUAUAACCAGUGUCUGUCAGUGCGCCCAGACACCCCCGAGACGCGAGACUUCCUCGUCUUCAACCAGUGCCUUCACGCCAUGCUGAAAAGCCACCACGACCAGGAAGAAGAGUCCCUGUUUCCGGCGUUCGGCAAAAUCACCGGCGACCCCGACGUGAUGGAAAUCAACGUGCAGGAGCACAAGCGGUUCGAGACCGAACUGCAGAAUUUCCGCGCCUAUGUUUACGACACCGACCCGAAAGCCUACAAUGGCCCGCAGCUGAAAUCCCUCCUCGAGAAGCUCGGCCCGCUGGUCCAGGAACACCUGCACAAUGAGAUCGCGACGCUGCUGGACCUCCACACGGUGGACAGCGAGGCGCUCAAGGGGGUUUUCGGCAUGGCCGAGAAGGGCUCAUCGGGCGGACCCCAUGACUUUUUCAAGGAUAUCCCCUUCACGCUUACAUGUGAAGACACGACGUUACAGAUCGACGGCAAAGUGACGCCUCCUUUUAUCGGAAAUCUGCCCCGGCAGUUGAUCAAAUGGGCUGUCGGUUGGCGAUACCCUGGUGUGUGGCGAUUUGCCCCAAGCGAUUUCUUGGGGAAUCCGCGUCCUCUGUUAUUUCCGAAUCCGUCGGAUCCGUGAUACAUUGAGUGGAGCUUGGGUUGUGUUCAGCGUCUAGGUCCGUUGCUAACCUCGUUGUGGGUCCUCUAAAACCCCGAGGCAUGUUCUACUCUUUUGCAGAGGACUAGACGGGACGCACUGAAGCGGAAUAGAAUAAUACAUUUAGAAUAGCAUCUUAUCUCGCAAGAAAUCAGG